CAAACGAUGAGCGAAGACCAUUUCCCUCGAGGAAACUUGAAGUCAUCAUCAUCAACUCAUUUGCGAGUAUCUUUGCGAUUCCAUUCCAGCACCAUGCCCUCGGCCCACUGUAGCAGCUGCACCUGCAAUAACGCACCCCAACAUCAGGCCCGCAGGAACUACAUCACAUUCAGUACAGUAUUCCAGAUAAUCGGGGCACUGGCAGCGAUCAUCUUUGGAGUGUGGGCGCCCCUCGCUUAUCAAGCAGCCAAAAUCGCCAACGUAGAAGCGGUCGUCGCAAACAUAAACGCUAAAGGCGCUGGCCAACUAUCUAUCAUCGACUUCUGUCUUACGAAUGAGCUGUGGAAGGACCGCGCAAUAUGUCAAAAGGCCUUAGCCGACUCCGAGAACUUGAUAAGUUCGAUGGUGAUGGUGACCUGCGGCAGUUAUCCUUACCCGAGCAGCACCUACACGCCCAUCCACACCACUUCAUAAGUAGUAUCUCGUAGCUAUGAGCGUAUUAUAUGUGCUGUGAGUUUCUAUGGCCGGAGCUAAGGAAGGUUGUGCGAGGGUUUGGCCUCUAAAGGAUGAUAAGUACAAGAUCUUAGAAAUAUUGAAAUUUUAGUCUGCAUCUUCGAGUCUAAUAGCUUCGUCAACUCAAGUGGUUUGAAACAGGGGCGGAGAAUCUGGGGAUCUCAACUCGUCGACCUGC